UGAUGGAUUUACCUCCUCUCUCUGAAUUAGAAUUGUAAAAUAUCUAUGCUUGGGUAAAUAACAAAAUCAUAAUUUCAGAUCGAUAAAAUUCCACUUUCAAGACCAAAGAAGAAUAUUCAAAGAGAUUUUGCAGAUGGAGCCAUGGUAGCUGAAAUUGUUUAUCAUUACCUUCCAAAAUUAGUAGAAAAGCAUAAUUACCCUUAAGCUCAUAGUGUAUAAUAAAAGUAAUAUAAUUGGAGCACUCUCAAUUUAAAAGUACACAAAUAUAUAAUUAUUAGGUAUUCAAAAAACUUGGAUUUCAAUUAUCCAAAAAUGAUAUUGAUAGUGUUAUUGCUUGUUCACCUGAAGCUGUUGAAAGAGUGUUAAAGUUGUUAUAAAUUAAAAUAGAAAAAUAUUUUGAAUAAUAAAAAGAAUUAGAAAAGAAAGCCCUUGAAUAAUAAAAAUAAUAGUAAUAAUAAUAGCAACAAAAAUAGUAGGUGUAGGAAGAUCCCCUACAAAACUAAGAUUUAAGAUUUAUUUUGGCUGAAAAAAAUUAAGCAAUUACAGAGCUGAAAGAAACUGUCGAAAUUUUAUAAUUAAAAGUUAAGAAACUUGAAUAACUAUUACAAAUCAAAGAUAAUAAAAUUUAAGGAUUAAUCAAUCAAUUACAAGGUAAAUAAUGA